AUGCUUGAUCGCAGCUGGUCGUCUGCUGUGUUGCGCGCCGUGCAUCCUCAUUCCCAGCGCCAUGCCUCGCGGUGCUGGGCUGCCGGCCGUACGCGGAAGCGGCGAAAGACCGUUCCGCCCGGCUUUGUCACGUUUUGUUCUCGUCGCGCGCCCGCGGCUCUUCUCUUUCUCCUCUCUUCCAGAAUCCAGCAAACCAACCAGAGCCCAUCAGCCCCGGUGACGCACCACGAAGCCACGCCUGCCAGCGCUCGAUCCAGCGACUCAGGCCAGUCCCGACAAUUGUCCGUUUCAGUCUCUGCCUUGUUGAGCCCCCAGGCCGGCCCGGAAUCCCGGUGCGCCCGUCGCCUGCGCUGUGUCCGUCUGUCGUCUCACUCCCGGGCGCUUGGCAAGCCUGCGCGUUUCUCCGACCCGACCAGACCCAUCCACUCACUCGUCCUGCCUGGAACGACCCUCUGUCUCUCCCCGACCCUGACAAAGACCGCCUGCCGCUGGCUGGCGUGUUGUGCUCUCGGCCUUGAGGUCGCGGAAGGCGAGCUGUCGCAGUCUGAGUUCCCUUCCGGCCUCCCUCAGCCAGACGCUGCUACUCAGAAUGGCUCGCUGUUGUCGGGCCCAGAUGCAGGCUUCGGGGGCGAAGCUUCCGACGCGCUGCCAGACCGGGAAACCAAUGGAUCCACGCCGGAUAUGAUUGCGGAGGGGAAACAAAAUGCAAAAGCUGUCCUCGCGGCGUCGGGGGUUGCCUCCACGGAAAGCCAGCAUCACGCCUCGGAAAGUGACCACUCACCCAACUCGCCACCUGCGAAUGGCACCAACGGCAUGACUGCGGGCCGGAAACGGUCUCGUUCUGGCUCUGUCAUCAGCUCUUCUUCUCCGGAAGAGCCCCCUGUCCGUGUCAGAGAAACACCAGCCGACAAGAUCCUCCUCGAACAAUAUGUCCACCGCGAGUUCCAGCAUGCGGCCCUCGCUGCUUCUCACAAUCCAAGCCAGGAGAUCUUACAGCAAAAACGUGCCGAGAGAGACUAUUAUCUGGCGCUGCGACGGGAGACUCAGAUGAACCCAGCCGCCCUCUACGGUGUCGGCUACGAAGGCUUUGGCAAUGCACGAACAGACCUCAGAAACCAGCACCCGCAAUUGCUGUAUCCGUCAAACCGGCGGCGUCCUGGUGGAAGAAAGACGCGCGAAUUGCGAAUAUCUCGCAAAGACAUGAAGGCCCAGAAUGAGCAGUUGGAAGACCUCGUUCCCAUUCGCUUGGAUAUCGACUGGGACAAAGUGAAGAUCCGGGACACGUUCACCUGGAACCUCCAUGACCGCGUUAUAUCUCCAGACCUGUUUGCGGAAAAGCUUGUGGAAGACUUGGGGCUCCCCGUAGAGUCGUGUGCACCCCUCGUCCGGCAGAUUUCUCAGAGCAUCCAGGAACAAUUAAGCGAUUAUUACCCCCACGUUUACAUGGAAGAGGAUCCCUUGGAUCCUCAUCUACCAUACCAUGCAUACAAGAAUGAUGAAAUGCGCAUAUUAAUUAAGCUCAACAUCACCAUUGGCCAGCAUACGCUGGUCGAUCAGUUUGAGUGGGAAAUUAAUAACCCCUACAACUCCCCGGAGGAGUUUGCGCAGCAGAUGACCAGGGAUCUGUCACUUUCGGGCGAGUUUACCACCGCCAUUGCGCACUCGAUCCGUGAACAGAUACAACUGUUUACGAGGUCCCUCUACAUCCUUUCCCAUCCCUUUGAUGGACGUCCGAUUGAGGAUCCAGAUCUCAAAGCUGCUUUCUUACCUUCACCGUUGCCCUCAACCUUCCGACCCUUCCAGGCUGCAAAAGAAUUCACUCCGUAUCUGUACGAACUCAACGAGGCCGAGCUUGAGCGAACCGAAGUUUCGAUAUCGCGAGAGCAACGACGUCAGAAGCGCUCCGUCAACCGGCGCGGUGGGCCAGCUCUGCCUGACCUCAAGGACCGUCAGCGAACCAUCCGAACGAUGAUCGUAUCCUCGGUGAUACCCAAUUCGGCAUCGUCAAUAGAGGAGUCUCACUUGUUCAAACGGUCAGGUACAGGCCGGAGUAGACGCUCAGCUGCUGGACAACGGGAUGGUAUCGAAGACUCAGACCUCUCGGAUAGUGAAGAGUCUUCCGUGGGUUCUCCAGCGAUCGGUUCUCAUCUGGCUCAAGGUACUGCUCGUACAAGAGGCAUGAGAGGAGCGGCGUCUGCCGCUCAAGCUGCUUUGCGUUCGAAUCUUGGCCACUCGGCCACUCCGGAGCCGUCGCAUCACCAUGAGACCCGAGUGUCUGCCCGACGGCGUGAUUACCGAGAAGAGAGUCUGGAUGAGCCAGACAAGCUCAUUGUGAAACUCAAGAUCUCACGGGACCGAUUCCGGCAGUUCCUUAAAGACCUGAAGAACAAGAAGCCACCCUCGACGCCCAGUCUUCCAGCCCCUGCGCCGGCGUCACAGAGUAGUACACCUCAAGUGCAAACUCCAACACAAAGCGCAAUGCCCCCUCCGCAGACUCAGCCUCAGUCAAGCGGAGCGCCCAGUCAUACACGAUCUUCCAGCACCAGCGCCACUCCACAAUCGCAGACCCCAGCUCAGCAGAUCGGGGCCAUUGAUGCUCCUCAUCCUCCCCAGCCUGGGGUUCCAGGGCCACCUCCCCCGAGUUGGCUCGUGUCUGGUCUUGAGCAGCUGAAACGAUCGUACCCCAACGACUCUUUUGAAGGUGUGAUGCGCUACUCUGCUGUGGAUACUACCACCAUGAUGCCCGUUGCGAAUGCCAAUGCCACACAGCCGGGGCAGAAGUUGAAGUACCAGUAUCUCCCUCGCAUCCGAUGUCACGACUGUCCUGGAAAGCUUUACACGCCAGGCCCUGGAAUGACAGUCGAAAAUUUCGAGGUACAUCUGAGAAAUCGGCAGCACAAGGAACGUGUAGAAGAGAGGCUCGCGAGAACAAGAGCCAAUGCUACGACUUCUUGA